AUGGAGCAGGCCUUUGCUGACAAGUUACUGAAAUACCAGCCUCUCGUGUCACGCCUGAACAACCUCGGUUAUCAGUGCAAGCUUGUGGUGCUGAUAUUCGGGAGUCUCGGCCAUCUACAUAGGCUGACGGUACAUGGUCUUCAGAUUGCAGUCCUGCAUAAGACCGAGGCAAAGCAGUUAACAAGUCUACGGAGGGAGGGCUACACGGUGCAGGUGGCGGUGAACGACUACCUGGACAUCUACUGCCCACACUACAACACUACCGCCGCCAACCAGCGGGGGACACUGGAGCGCACUGUGGCCGAGCAGUACGUCCUCUACAUGGUCAGCUACCGUGGCUACCGCACCUGCGACCCCCAGAUGGGCUUCAAGCGCUGGGAGUGCAACCGGCCACACGCGCCCCACGCACCCAUCAAAUUCUCUGAGAAGUUCCAGCGCUACAGCGCCUUCUCCCUGGGCUACGAGUUCAACGUGGGUCACGAGUACUACUACAUAUCCACGCCCACCCAUCACCACGGCCACAGCUGCCUGAGACUGAGAGUCUACGUCUGCUGCUCCACGGUCUCCCAUGGUGAUGAUUCCAGUCAGACUCCACCUGACUACACAGUCAGGCCCAAUAUCAAAAUACACAACAUUGAUGAAUUUAACCCUGAAAUUCCCAAACUGGAGAAGAGCGUCAGUGGCAGCAGCCGAUCACGCGAUCGCCUUCUGCUCACCGUGGCAACACUGCUCAUCUCCGCCCUCCUGGUUUCCUAG